AUGGCCAGUACAACUGAAGCGCCACCGCCCUAUGACAUGGAGGAUGUCGAGCACAAUGUAGGUCUUUCGAUACAAUCCGAAAUAUUACUUUUUGGCUGGAGAGUCGAAAAAAAAGUUCCUCACAAAAAUACGUUUUCACGCGAAAUUUCUGUAAAAAGCACAUUUUAGGCGCCAGAAGCAUCUCCACAAAACGAUUCGAGAUAUGUCACGUCACGAGCGUCACCCUACAACACAAUGCCCAUUGAGAUGGACUGUCCGCACUGUCAGGUGGGGAAUUUUCCUCUUUUUCGUUUGAAGUCUUCCACCGUUGUCAAAAAUUGAAUAAAAACAAAAAUAAUGCAACGCACGCACUAUUUUAAGCUUUUUUUUCAUUUUUUGACAGCCCAAUAACCCCUAUUGCGGUUUUCGACAAGUUUCACUCAAAAAAAAAUUCCAGAAUCACAUAGUAUCGCACAUUGAGCGAGUGGCCGGCGUGCUCCCGUGGAUUCUGUUCGCCAUUCUCGCCUUCCUCGGCCUCUUCCUAUUCAUCGUUCCCUGGUGCUUCUGCUGCGUUCCGUUCUUUCUGGAGCAGCUGCUCGACGUGAAUCACUCGUGUCCGGCUUGCAAGAAAUUCCUCGGCCGCUUCAGCCGUGUCUGA